AUGAAGAAGAUGGCGAACGAGGAGCGCGUCGAGGAUCUGCUCUCGGCCCAGACCACCAUCCUCUUGUCGGGCAGUGGUGGUGCCCUGGCGAUGCCACUGGGUCGCGAGAUUCUGCCCAACGAGAGUGACGAUCAGAUGCCGCCGGAAGCUGCCACUGGCACCUGCGCCGACGAGGCCACCUGCCAGCCCUUUCGUCUGGCUCUUGAGUGGCUCUCCACGAGAUUUGGAGAUCGGCUGACGGAGGCAGUGCGUCUGCUGUGCCUCCUCUCCAUCACCCACGACGGUCUGAGCGAGGAGCUCUACACCCAGGUGCUCCGGCACAUCCAGCACGCCGUCGGCUUCUCCAUCUACCCGAUGCUGGCGGCUCUCAGACGCCUCAAACUGCUCCACCCACGGCGCCGAGACCCUGCGUCCGAGGCUGCCUCCUCCUCCUCCUCCAACUUCCGUCUCGGUUUGACGCCCGUCAGCACUGAAAAAAUCGUCAGCGCCACGGAACGCCUCAUGAGGCGCAGGAAGUCUGUCUACAAGUACAUUUUACUCAGUCUGCAUGAGCAGUUCGGUGUUGAAGAGGAGGGUGCGACUUCCUUCACUUUGCUCUCUGCAUUUAGCCGUCUCCACCGCUUCCUCCAGCUGAGCUUGAAGUCUCAGGUCAACUUGAGCGUCGAAAAGCCCGCGGUAUCGCCUUCCUACGUGUUUGGCGGACAGCAUGUUCCCGUCGUUGUGCGAUUGGCUGAAUCCCUCUGGGCAACGUCAUUGGCUGGGGACAGUGGGGCAGGCCGAUCGCAGUUCAGCGGACUCGAGUUGCUGAAACGCGAACAACUCACCGAGGCCCUUCGCUUGUUGCACACUGACGAAAGAUCCGCGAAGAAUCUUGGACAUGUUUCGUUGACGGAGGCCUCAGAAGAUUCCACCGCUGCCGCCGACUCCUCGACGACAACGACGAAGACCACCACGCUGUCCCACGGUCAGACGAUGGUGGUGGCCUUUGUGGGCGGUUGCACCUACGCCGAGGUCGCCGCUCUGCGAUUCGCGGCGUCGCGACGCUGCUGGCGCCUCCUCAUUGUCACCUCGCAGAUGCUCUCCACGAAGAGCCUCAUUCAACAGGUCGGACAGGCUGCUUUGUAG